AUGAGUUGAAAAGUGAGGACUGGUUAAUUCUGUGGAUCUGCCAGAGGGAGAGAGAGGGGGGCGGAGGAAGUGUGGAGGUGGAACAUCUGGACUUCAUUUGUGUGCUCCAAAGUAGGGGAACGGUCCAAAAAUAGGCUUAAAACUAUUUUCCAUAUUAAUUGUUGUCCACAAAUCCGCAUCAACCUUAGAUUUGGGCACUGAGACUCGCGACGAUUUAUGGGCAUAUGACGUUUCCAUACUGUGUCUCGCGUGUGUGUGGGUGUGUGUUUGUGUAUGUGUGUAUGUGUGUGAACGAGUAUUGUGUGCGCGCCUCCCCGAUUCUCCACAGCCUUGUGGAGCUGUUGUUCCCAGAGAGCCAGGAGGACAAUCAGACGGACUGCUGGAUUAGAGCGAGAAGAGAGAAAGUGCAAUCAUUAAAAAAAGAUCCUCUUUUGACUUUCUUGGGGGUUUUUUCCCACGAGUUUUCGGUGAUCUUUGUAUUGUUUCCGCGGUGGCGCACAAACCGGUAUGGAUUUACUAAUGACUAGACAAGACACGCCGUCUAGUCCGCCACCAAAGUUUUGAUUGUCAUCGUUGCCUCUCGACUGGAUCAGAGGAAAGCGCUGAACUUUAUGUGGAAACCGGUGACCACAUGUGAGGACAUUUGGAGACAAACGUUUGUGUGAGGGUAUUUUCGCUGCUGUAGUAGCCCAUAUCUCUCAUGGGGUGACCCACAUAGAUCUCCUGAGACGUGACUGUGGGACAGACAGUCUCCCUCCCAGCCUUCCUGUCCUUUCCUUAAAGGCAAUGAUUAUCGGCUUAGACACUGUGCACGACUCCGCUGUGUGAAUGAAUCUUUGCCGUAAAGCCGCUGUGCUCUGCCACCCUGUCACCAUGAAGAACAAGUAUUCCCAGUACUACAAUCGUAGUCUGAUCCCCUCUUAUUAUGCAUUUGCUAAGAACAUGACCAUAGCGGAUCUGGAGAAACGCAGUGAGGCUAAAAAGGUGCUAACCGACCUUAACAUCGUCAUUGUGGUACUCUGCACCAUCAUCAUUCUGGAGAAUCUCCUGGUCCUUAUUGCUGUCUGCCGCAACAAGAAGUUCCACUCUGCCAUGUUUUUCUUCAUCGGCAACCUGGCAUUCUCAGAUCUUCUGGCAGGCUCAGCUUACAUAGCCAACAUUUUUCUAUCAGGAUCAAAGACCUUUGAACUAGUGCCGGUGCAGUGGUUCAUCCGGGAGGGCACGGCAUUUAUCGCUCUAGCAGCUUCAGUCCUCAGCUUGCUGGCCAUAGCUAUAGAGCGAUAUAUUGCCAUCACCAAGGUCAAGGUGUAUGGCUCCACCAAAACGUGCCGCAUGUUCCUCCUGAUAGGAGCUUGCUGGGUUACCUCCAUCCUGCUCGGAGGACUUCCUAUCAUCGGCUGGAACUGCAUUAACAACCUCCCUGAUUGCUCAGCUGUGUUGCCACUCUACUCUAAGAAAUACAUCCUGUUUGUUGUCACCAUUUUCAGCCUGAUACUACUCUCUAUCCUCAUCCUCUAUGUGAGGAUCUAUUUGAUUGUACGCUCCAGCCACCAGGAAGCGACCAACUCACAAGCCUAUGCCCUUUUGAAAACAGUCACCAUAGUGCUGGGUGUCUUCAUCAUGUGUUGGCUGCCCGCUUUUACCAUUCUCCUCCUAGAUUCAUCCUGUAGGAUACAGUUAUGCCCUAUCCUAUCCAAAGCAGACAUCUUUUUUGGCUUUGCCACUCUGAACUCAGCACUUAACCCAGUGAUCUACACACUGCGCAGCAAGGACAUGAGAAAAGAGUUUCUGCGUGUGUUGUGCUGUUGGGGGGUGCUGCAUAGUGGACGACCAUCUGACCGCUGUCUGGUCCCUCUAAAGAGCUCCAGCUCUCUGGAACACUGCACCAACAAACAUGAACACCAGACCACACCCAUCAUGCAAGAUUGUACCACCUGUGUCUGAUAUGGUGUAAAUGCAUCAGGGCGCUUGUGUGUAUGUGUUUGUGUGUGUGAGUGUGUGUGUGUGUGUGUGUGUGUGUGUGCAUAAGUGAAAACAUGUGUAUGUGUGUGUAUCAGAUCAAGAGGCUGUGAUGAGACAAAGAGAUAUUAAAAAAGCGAGCACAUCCUGAACAGAGAUGUCUGGCAUUGUAUUUUACAAUCCAGACUUCUUUUUUUUUUAAUGGCAAUCAAAAGUGUGUGAACUCACAAUCAACAUUCAAUCAACUCACCCAUGCAGGGGAGUAAAAACUUUCAGAAAUGUGAAAAUAGUUUUGUCAUGGGUACUCUGAUUAAUUAACAUGGAGUUGCAAACCAUUUUCAUGUAUAUGCCUGUCUUGCUUUUUGUUUUUUCUCUCUAAAGAUGUUAACCUAUAUUAGAAGCCAAAAAUAGAAACAUAACAUGCAUCACACUUCUGGUGAACUAUGAUGGGCCUUUUGAGGUCUGCACUGGUGCAAAGCUUUCAAAGUGGCACAUUGUACAUUUCUCUAGAGAUUGUUGUCCUGUGUAACCACAGUACUCUCUUUCACUGAUAUAUGUAUACAUUAGGCCUACAUAUUUAUCACUCAUUCUUUACAAAGCUGGAGGCAGUGGCCAACUUCACUCAGCACUGCAUUCCAGAGAAGCCAAAUUAUUACUCCCCCAAUAAAACCAGGGCUAUAUAUUCCCUAUAUAACCUUGCUUAAAAUCAUUUGAUUAAGUACAACAAACUUACUUACAUAAUCUGCUUACAUUUAAUGCAUGAAAUUCUAACUCAUUUGUUAGCGCUAAUGUGUAAGAUAUAUUCCAGCUUCCAUCACUAACACCCCUUCCCUCAUUUGUCCUCAUAAUCUGUCCCUCUUGCUUUUACUGUUGUCUUUUGUAUUUUAACAGUUUCCUUUGAGGAAGGCCUAAUCAGAAAGUACAUUUCCUGAAGUGAGUUGGCACUGAUGAAUUUUACUCAACGAUAGUAGACUAAUGGGUCCUGACAGUGUUGUAUUAACAUAGCAGCAAUGUGCUGUCUGUGUUUGUGCCUUCCUCUUGGGGACUUAGGCUGAAUGUAUGUAUGAAGUGUUUGGGGCAGGCGCUCCACUAUUGACAGUAUUAUUGAUCAUCAUUUUGAAUUAUCAAGUAAUUGACGAGCAUAGAGUGGGAUGAUAAGGGUUGGUUGGUCUCACUGUGAAGUCUUACAUAGCACCAUGAACAAAAAUGUACUGAAUUUGAACAUCCUGGUUUAAUCUGCUAGCCAUAUGCCUUGUGCAACUAAAGGUGUAAACACGUCUUAUCUUUCCAAAGACGCCUACAAAAUGGGAGAAGAUCCGGUUUCAAAGGCAUGGGGGAUUGGGGUGGGGGUCUGCCCCCUUGGGAGGUCAGCUUCAUCCUCAUUCUCUGACAUCUUACAACUGCAACUUCCUUCAUUAAUAGGAAGUCCUGUUUUUCAUUGUCUGGUUCCUGUUGUUCAGGGUUACACUAGCCUUUUUCCUGUAGACACACAUUUAAGAACUCUUCUCUUACUCAGUGUUUUCUUGUUGACUUUUACAUUUUAGAUGGCCAAGUAGAAAUGUUGAAAAGCACUUUGGCAGCUUCAGUGAUGUUUGCUUUCUCCCAGUUUUUUUCAGAUGGAGAGGUGUUUUAAUCUGUGUACCUAUCACUUCAUUGUGUUGCCUGACUAUGAUUUUUUUAUCAAAAAUAUAUGAAUAACUAUGUAUGUUUGUAAGUAUGUAUGUAUGUUUGUAUCUUUGUACAGUUUGUAUAAUUUGUGUUGUAUGAAAUGUCUCGUGUGCAAUAGCCUUGUGUGUCCAGUAGCACGCUGCCUGAGUUAAAUCGGUACAAUCUGAAACACUAUUGUAGGUACAUAAACAUUUGUUAAUUGCAUUCCCUUUUUAUAAAAUAAAAUAAA